AUGAUAGACCUAGAACAAUUGGGUUCCUAUCCAAUACUGUGGCUGAAGAAGACUUUGUGUUUGAUGGCUGUGGCUUUGUUUGGUGAUCCGUCAACAUUAAACACUGGUCUUGGUGGUAUACUCUGA